AUGUCGUCCGAAAAAGCGACAUCGACUCAUUCACCAAUAUCGCCACCAGGCUCACCCUCAUCCACGCAAAUCCAACCCCAAUCAAUUGAUGUCCUGGCAUCUCGACUCGGCAACUCAUCUUUAAGUCAAUACCACCAAGACUCUACUCUUUCAACAGUAACCCCCCCGGAAUCUGCCCUCUCGCCUAUCUCAUUACCUGACGACAAUGUCGUCAACAUCUCCUCAAUGCUCCCGCAGUAUCACUCGAGGUCAAUGGAGAUUGAUGCCGACCAUGACACCAACAUGGCGACAUUACAAAACAACUCCACCUCAGAGAAACCCACGACCUCCAUAAACCCGCCUUUCGAUCCCUCCUCGCCUAUUGCCGUUGAUCCCACUGCGCUUGUAGAAGUCCCAGCAACUAUCGUCACGUCAAUGUACAGACCCAAUGCAUUCGGUGGCUUCGAAGUAGAUGAAGGAUACUGUGAAAAUGACGACGACUUCUCGUGGCUUCCAUCAGUAGCGUCGCUGAGAGCGGCUAGCACACCAGAUGGGGUUAAGAAGCGGUAUGAGUUGGGUUACAGGCGAUCAAUCGAUGCUGCAACUCGCUGCCGCAAUACUAUCCACAGCGCCCCGCGGAUGAGAAGACGUGAUAAGAAGAAGAGCAAGCAUUCUCAAUCGACCGUAGGAUCUAUACGGUCACGCUCCGAUUCCCAAGCCUCGUCAAUGAUUGCGGCUCAGUAG